UUCCUCCCCAUCGAGCAGGAGGUCGAGCCUGUUGUCGAGGGGCCUGAACGCGGGGCCUUCCAAGUCUGAGUGGCCGGAAGGAGGGCGGCGGGAGGGCCCCGGGGUGGCGCCAGACUGCCCCGUGAGAUUCGCGCGCGCGGUCCCGGGCCUCCGAGUGCACCAGAGCGGUGGACACACUGGGUCCCUCGCGCUUUCGCUGCUCCCUUCUCCCGCGGCAUUCGUCACCUGCGCGGGCCGGGGGAGGGAGUAGCCAUGGAGCCUGGGGCAAAGGUGACAAGUAGCUGUGUACGGCAGUAUCUGCAAGUUUACUACAUGGCAAGAGUAAUCAUCACGGCUCCUGACUCCACUUGUAGGGUUACUUUCUGAGGACUCACACCUUUUCUAUGCUGGAGAAAAUGGCAUGACCACCGGGCUACUGACCCCUGCCUGCAUCCCAGACUGAGAGAAAAGACCAGAAGGCAAGGAGCUUACUACAGAACAGAAUAUUUCUGAGGAAGAAUCAGCCCCUGGUGUGUUACUAGAAAGAUUUCCAAAGGAAAGUUCCUGUGAAUGUGAGGAUUCUUUAGAGAGUCAGCAGGAAAACCAUGGGAAACAUUUAAUACAGGAGGCUGUCACUCAGAAGAAAUCUUCUGGGGAGAGACGUUACCAGUGUGAUGAAUUUGGGAAAAGUUUUAGUCAGAGGUCAUCUCUUACUCAACAGCAAGGAGGGAGACUACGUAACUGUGAUUCAUUUAAAAAGAACUUAAAAUUCAGAUCUAAUGAGGCACGAGAAGAUUUGUGCCGAGAAGAAACCUUGGAAGUGUAAUGAUUGUGAGAAAGCCUUUAGUUACUACUCAGCUUUUGUCUUGCAUCAGAGAAUUCACACAGGAGAAAAGCCCUAUGAAUGUAACGAAUGUGGUAAAGCUUUUAGCCAGAGCAUACACCUUACUCUACACCAGAGAAUUCAUACUGGAGAGAAACCCUACGAAUGUCAUGAAUGUGGGAAAGCCUUCAGUCACCGCUCUGCUCUCAUUCGCCACCAUAUCAUCCAUACUGGAGAGAAGCCCUAUGAGUGCAGUGAAUGUGGGAAGGCCUUUAAUCAGAGCUCAUACCUCACUCAACAUCAGCGAAUUCAUACUGGAGAAAAACCUUACGAGUGUAAUGAGUGUGGGAAGGCCUUUAGCCAGAGCACAUUCCUUACCCAGCAUCAGGUCAUUCACACUGGAGAGAAACCCUAUAAGUGUAAUGAAUGUGGGAAGGCCUUUAGUGAUCGAUCAGGCCUUAUUCAGCACCAGAGAACUCAUACUGGGGAGAGGCCUUAUGAGUGUAAUGAGUGUGGGAAAGCCUUUGGCUACUGUUCAGCCCUGACUCAACACCAGAGAACUCACACUGGGGAGAAACCCUAUAAAUGCAAUGAUUGUGCCAAAGCCUUCAGCGACCGCUCAGCCCUUAUUCGUCAUCAGAGAACACACACUGGAGAGAAACCUUACAAGUGUAAGGACUGUGGAAAAGCUUUCAGCCAGAGCUCAUCUCUUACAAAGCAUCAGAAAACUCACACUGGAGAAAAGCCCUAUAAGUGUAAGGAAUGUGGAAAAGCCUUCAGCCAGAGUUCAUCCCUUUCUCAACAUCAGAAAACUCAUGCUGGAGGGAAAACCAAAGAAUACGGAAAAGCCUUUAGUGAGCAUUCAGCCUUUGGCCAGCAAAAGAGAAUUCAUACUGGAUAGAGACCAUGUCGAUGUGGUACCUUUAGAACAUAUUUAGCAGACAAUUACUAAACGUCAUGUGAGGGCUAUAAAUGAAGUUCAGAGUGUGUCACGCAAAAAUAUUGAGAAGUCAUUGCUAAUACAUAACGUACUUAGGAUGUGAAGGAGGGGUUUGACAUUUUUCCAGUGCAGCAGAGGACUUUAAAUUUCCUCGGGGAAAGAGAAUGAUUAUUUCCAACACCCUAAGGUGUAUGUAAGCUUCCAAAUCCUUGGGAGAGAAACAGGGUGUGUGGUGAUGCAAAGAAGGCAUCUUGUCUGGGCUGGAUAGUCUCUUAAUGCUAAGGAGACGAAGCUUUAAAGAGAUGAGGGCUUCUUUAGGGAAAUUGCAGAGGCAGAAAUAAGAGAUUAAGAAUUCACAACAAGUUGGUCCAGGGUUGGGAGUGGCGGUGGAAGGGAAGUGGUCCUCAGGCUUAAGUACAGGGUCACUUAGGAGAUAGAUGAGAAAGAUCGAGAAAAAGAACUGGGGGAAUGAACUCAAGAAAUGUUGGUUGCGAUAACUACCCAAAUGAGUGCUCCCAACCAGGGAAAGUAUUAGACGCGUUAGUUGGCCAGGUGCAGAGUUUCCACCCCGACACCAAGGAACGUCGGCGUGCCAGUCUGCUGCCGCACUCUUUGUCUCGGAGACCUUGCUUACUGAUUCACAGCCCUCUAAGAAUCGUACUAACUCCAGAGGUCAAGACUGACAGUCUAGAAAGAGAAGGUACAGAAGGGACCUUUGAUGUUUUCAGUCUAUUUUAAGCUACCUAUUUUAAGCUAAGUUACCUGAGGAUGUGCUUAUUUAUAAAGAUUUUACCUCAAUCGUA